AUGGCGCCAGAGCUGCCUCGAGGGGCCGGUGGGGCCUGGAUGACGGGUGAACAAUUCGGGUCACCGUUUCAUUGGAACUUUGCCUUCAAUCGGACGAUGCCAACUUGCAAUGGCACGGCUUCGAACGACAUCUAUGCGAUAGGGAACCUUGACGACACCAGGAGCCUCUUGGUCAAGUGGCCGGCGGACAACUAUGCCCCUCUGAAAGACCGGAUCCGUGGCUGCGCUGGACACUGCACAGCCAAAAUACUCGCACCAGCGCUGGCGCCUCUUGCUUGUACGAGCCAUGAGUUGCCGGUCGAUUACACGAAAGCCCCGAGUUUCCAGAAGAGCCACGCCAACAUAGCCGCUUCUCCGCUUGCGCAGGAACAGUUCUUCGUCUCCGUCGGUCUCGGGGUGGAUCAAACGGAAACUGUGAACGUCGUCACUGGCUAUUCGACCACCGAAGACCGCAAGGGCACGCUGCGCUACACCGCCUGCACCCUCGUGUCUGCCGUGGGGGAAUACACGGUAGACGUUUAUGGCGAUCUCGCGCAUCUAUAUGACCCGGGUAAACCCAAGAUCAUUGCACUUGCGAACAACACGGUGGUGUACGACGAGAUCGACUCGAACAGCGGAGGGUACCGGUCCACGCUGGCGCAGGUGGUCGCCAGGGCUGACGACGAGUGGAACAACUACAGGGCUGUAUACCACGACGGCGUGACCGACAAUCUGAUUACGACCUACGCGGGCGCCGCGAUGGAUCAAUUCUACAUCGAUAGACCGACGACCUGUGCCUCGUACCGCGAUCCGGGACCGAGUGUCCGGAGGAGCUUGAACAGUUUCAUGGUCUGGUCCGGCGCGUCUGCGGCGGCGUCUCAGAACGCUACGUUCGCGGCCUACUUGGAGGCGAGGAUGGAUGAGGGAUGGGCGUUCGAUACCACGGUCGUUGGAGCUGUGGCCGGGAAGCAAGCGGUAUUUCAGACGGACUACCUGUACUUUCUCGCCGCCGCGCUCGUCGAGAUUGUCUGUAUUGCUUUUGUCGCGCCGACGUAUUGGGGAUGGUGGAGGAUCGGGCGGCCGGUGUCGUUUUCGCCGUUGGAGAUGGCGAAGGCCUUUGAAUCUCCAAUGCUGGCCAACUGCAACUCCAACACCACAGGUCGCGAUCUUGCAAAAGCUGUUGGAGGCCAUCGUGUUCGAUAUGGAGUUGGAAUGGGUUUACAUGGCGAGAGCAAGAUUGCGUUUGGCGAUACAGGUUAG